AAAAUUCAAAUGAUAAAAAUUGUUAUCUUUGCUUUUUGUUUGGGAUUAGUACUUUCAAAUACUAUCUCACUACCUUUGACAUUCAAUUCACAUGGUCUUGGAAUUGAAGUCAGAUAUGGUACUUAAUAGUGUCCAACAUUCAUGGUUAUUGAUACUUUUUCCUGUGAUUUCCAAGUCUUUGAUAAAGAAUCUAGUCAAUGUGGAAUAAAUGAGCUGAAAAUAAAGGACAAGAACUAUUAUAACGCUCCUUUCUAAAUUGGAUAAAUUAGUACUGAACUUAAUUUCACUAUUCCUAAUAGUGAUAAAGGUCUAAGUUUGUUUUGUCUUGCACCAGUUGCUUAAUCAUUUAAUGUAAUUUAAGAAUUAUAUGACUAAAAGCUUAUCAACAACAGGACUUUCUUUUUCAAUGUGACAAAUUUAGACAAUUCAAUUGCAUAAGAAAGUAUUGAUGUUGGCUUUCUUAAUAUUGGUGAACCUGAUUAUUCACUCAUUAAAUCUGGAACUAAAGCCAAUUAAUUGAAAAGUUAUGAUUAUGAGCAUAGAUAUUCUAUUCGUGGAUCUAAUAAAUUCAGAUAUGAUGGUGAAUCUAUUCCUCUACAUUCAAUUUAAACAGACUAAUAUUUCCCAUUUGAGUUUUCCUAUAUUUAAAAUUGCAUCACAUUAAAUAAAAAGUCUAUUAAAGCUAUGCUCAAAGCAUUUGAAUUAAAAGCAAUCAAAUAUAGCAAAUACAAUGAAGGAGAUAUUUAUGUGGAUAAAAUCGAAGGAAUGGGUGAUUUUGAAUUUGAUUUAUAUUAAGAAGAUGGAUAAAUUUUUACUGUUUCUUUGGCUCCUCAAGAAUAUUCUGAAAGACAAUCUGAUGGAACAUACUAUUUAAGAUUUUGUGAACCUUUUGGUAAAGUUGGCUAAUAAGUUGUAUUAGGAUAGUAGAUCUUUAAUAAAUAUUAUGUAGGAUAUAACUUAGAUCAUAACUCUAACUUUAUUGCUGAAAAAGCUCAAAUUUAAAUUGAAUAAAUUUGA